CCCGACAUCAUUUGAAACGUUUAUAUUCUAUUCUAUCCUUCCAGAUAGAUAACAACGAAUUAGGUUAUUAAUUCUUUUUAUAAGUUUUUUAAAUUCGUAUUUUUUCGCGGGUAAAUUUUAACCCUCUCUACGAUUAUCUGCCAAAUUUGACCGAAAGAUGUCUAUAUCAGCUGAUCAGAAGAACGCAUUGAAUCGACAAGCGGUCGAGAACUUUCAAGAGUACCUACGAAUCCCUUCGGUUCAUCCCAAUAUAAAUUACGAUGAUUGUGUGUCAUUUUUACAAAGGCAAGCAAAGGGAUUGGGACUCCCAUUACAAGUUUAUUCUGUGGAAACUAACCGACCGAUAGUUAUUAUAACAUGGGUAGGAACUGAACCUUCUAUCCCAUCAAUUAUGCUCAAUAGUCACAUGGAUGUUGUACCAGUAUUUGAGGAUUCAUGGACACACAAACCAUUCGCUGCAGAAAUCGACCAGAAAGGCAAUAUUUACGCUCGGGGUGCUCAAGAUAUGAAAUGCGUCGGAAUCCAGUAUUUGGAGGCCAUUCGACGCAUGAUUAAAAGUGGAAUUAGGUUGAGAAGGACUUUACAUGUGACUUUUGUACCAGAGGAAGAAUUAGGCGGUGUUCAAGGAAUGAAAGAAUAUGUUCAUACAACUCACUUUAAAAAUUUAAACGUGGGUUUUGCUCUUGAUGAAGGAAUGGCAAAUGAAUCAGAGGAGUUUAUUUUGUUUUAUGGAGAAAGAUUUAUUUGGCAUAUGCAUUUUCAUUGUCCUGGUCAACCAGGUCAUGGUUCAUUAUUAUUUGAUAAUACCCCUGGUGAAAAAGCACGCAUUAUUAUUGAUAGAGUCAUGGAUUUUCGUGCUCAAGAAAAAAAGAAAUUGGCUGAUAAUCCAGAAUUGGCAAUUGGGGAUGUUACAACACUAAAUAUCACUCAAUUAAAAGGAGGUGUUCAAACUAAUGUCAUUCCAGAAGAAUUCAUUGUCUCUGUAGAUUGCAGACUUCCAAUCACUGUAGAUGAGCACGAAUGGCAACAAACUGUUGAUGGUUGGUGUAAAGAAGCUGGAAGUGAUGUUUGGAUUCAAUAUGAACAGAAACAACCCAAAGUGCCUGUCACGAAAUUAGACAAUACUAAUCCUUAUUGGAUUGCAUUUAAAGAAGCUAUGGAUGGAUUGAAUAUAACAAUAAAAAAGCGUAUAUUUCCGGGUGCGACGGAUAGUAGAUAUGUACGGAAUAUAGGCAUCCCCGCGCUCGGAUUUUCCCCAAUGAACAACACUCCCGUUUUAUUACACGACCACGAUGAGUUUUUGAACAUCGACGUUUUCCUGCGAGGAAUUGAUAUCUACGUUAAACUUAUCGAAUCUGUGGGAAAUCUUGAAGAAACAACUGGAUAAUUUGGGGGUAAAAAAUGUAAAAUUUACAAAAAAGAAAGGAUAAAACGAGACCAAUUUUUUUAAUAUACACAUGUUAUAUUUUUUGUGCAAACAUAUUACAAUAUAUCUCUAUAUAGAUUUGUUAACAAAUA